AUGGACUGGCAGAGCCUAUUUGUUUUACUCUCUGUGUGUACUGUACCAUCGCGCGUUUCCGCGAAGUAUGAAGACGUCGACGGCAUUCUCUACCACCUGGAACACUUGGAUUUUCAGUUUGGUUACCCGGCAGACGUCUUCGGGUACAUCUUCCCCACAUUUGCGGUAACUUCAGAAGUGGCCGAAGGCAAGUACGAACAUCGAUGCACGCUUCACCCAGAUCACAUGACCUACUCGUCUCCGCGCUGCCGAAACGCCAUUGUGGCUCUUCAUGGCAUUAUGGGUGCAAAAUUCUACAAAGCCCAGAUCGAAAACACCUCACAGUGGCCCUACAAUCCCUUCCCAGUCAGGUCUGUGGACGCUAACACACCAAGAUGGACAAAGUCCUUGUACGAUCAGAAACAUGUCCACCUGCCCGUGUACCAUCAGGACGACCUAGUCAAAGGCAGGAGCCACAACGAGGCAAGUGGACUACUCACCACGAAGCGAAUGACUCAAAUGAUUGCAAUUUUUGACGCAUGCGCUAAGGCGCUUGCUGGUUGGUCAAAUGACGGAUCGAUGCGGGAACUGGCCUGUGGAUACGCGGAGUUCCUCAAGGUGAUGCAUGACACCAACGCGGGCACCCCACAAGCUGGGGUCUGGGUUCUGCCACAGACUGACAGCCGCACGAUGUCUGGGUUGUUUUGGCUGUUGUUUUGUAAACACGCCUGGCACAGAGCUAUCGAAGUCUACGGCAUGAACAGGAGUCAUUCCGACCACCCCUCGUGUCCAAACACGUGUGCUCGCUACGAGGGCAACCCGUGCGUUGGGAAAGCCAAUGUUGUCCAGGUCUCCCAUGUCGCUAUCGAUCCUGAACGACGUACUCUCAAAGGUGAUCGAAUUUUCGGGAUGCAGAUCUGCAAACCCAUGGGAGCCGGUGUCAUGGACUACGAGUACAUGUGCGUGUGUCGCAAGGGCUACGUCUGGUCGAGAGAGACAAGAUCGUGCGUAUUUCAGGACGGGUGUAGCAGGGACCCGGUGACGGGCUCAACCCCCUGUUCCCCCAAGGGGACACGACUGUGCAUCUCUUCGGUUGUGAAUCUGCCAAACGCUGCCGAGGCUGGAGGUGGCGGAGCUAUGAGACUGCCCUACGUCUGCUCCUGUUACAGCGGCUACAUGGGGCCGCGUUGUGAGCAAAAACGCAAUGCCUGUAUCGAGAAUGAGGAUUACUUGCAGCUGCCUGGCAACCAGGCGUGCCGGGUGCACCUCGGCAACAAUUGCAAACCGCUUGUCGGCACAAACGUCUACACGUGUCACUGUAAUGGGAUGUACGAGAGAGACAAGGCCGUCGCGUUCCCCAAUUGUUAUCGACGCAAAUCCAUAUGCAGCAGGGUGAUUUGUCGCCGUGGAGACUGCGUAGCUUCGAGGGACCAACAGAGCUACAUUUGCCUGUGUCAGAUGGGCUGGCGUGGCCGACACUGUGAAAUUCCCGACAUUCGGCAGUGGCUGCCGUGGGAGAGCUGGAGCAGGUGCUCGGCCACAAUGUGCACUGGUUUGGGCUGGAGACGCCGAAUUCGCAAGUGCCGGGUGAAUGUGACCCUGCUGGAGGACAAGGGCAUGUGUUCCGGUGACGAUGUUCAGCGUCAGCUCUGCAAAGUGAUGUGCCCCGAUUCUAUGUCGUCGUAUGUCCUCCUGACGAAGAUGAUCCUGCUCUUCUCUGCCGGGUGUGUGAUACUUGUCGCGGCCGUUGGAAUCGUGUUUUUGAGAGUUAAAAUCGAAGUGGCCUGA